AUGGGCGGCGCGUCGAGUGCAAAUGAAGUGAAACUCACUAGAUACACCGACGCGGAUUACGCGGCCGACAAGGCCACGCGAAAGUCGAUCAGCGGUUCGGUGCUGCUCGUCGACGGGAUGCCCGUUGGAUGGCAAGUCAAGCAACCUUCCUCAGUCGCGCUAUCAAAUGCGGAAGCCGAGUUCGUAGUAGCAGCUGUUGUUGCGAAGGAGCUCCUGUGCGUAAAGAAUCUACUGCGUAAGAUGAACGUGAGUGUGAAGUUGCCAAAACAGAUGAUAAUGGACAAUUAA